CGGACACUCCCAAGCACGCGGUUUCCUCCCUGGCUGCUCCUGAGGCACCGUUGGAGACCAGAACGAGGCUGAGAGAUUUAUAUUGGUAAAAGGAGGUCUUCUGUCAGAAGUUGUAGUUGAGCAUUGGAAAAAGGAUGGAAGAGAAGGACAAAAAACAGCAUCGCAAGAAGCACAGUGGGCCAAAGUCUGGCAAGAAAAAGAAGCGUCAUUUGAAAGAUUUGGGACUUGAAGAUGAGGAAGAUGCCCGGAAGAGAAACCCAAAGGCCUUUGCUGUCCAGUCUGCGGUCCGGAUGGCCAGAACAUUCCACAGGACUCAGGAUUUGAAGACAAAAAAGCAUCAUAUUCCAGUGGUUGAUCGCACUCCGUUAGAGUCUCCACCUGUGGUGGUGGUCGUAGUUGGCCCUCCAAAAGUUGGAAAGAGCACCUUGAUAAAAUGUCUGAUUAAGAAUUUCACAAGACAGAAGUUGGUUGAAAUCCGAGGUCCUGUAACAAUUGUGUCAGGUAAAAAGCGUAGGCUAACCAUAAUUGAAUGUGGAUGUGAUAUUAAUGCAAUGAUUGAUUUGGCUAAAGUUGCUGAUCUGGUUUUGAUGCUUAUUGAUGCCAGUUUUGGAUUUGAAAUGGAAACAUUUGAAUUUCUGAACAUUUGCCAGGUUCAUGGCUUUCCCAAAAUCAUGGGCGUUCUUACACACUUGGAUACCUUCAAGAAUAACAAACAGCUCAAGAAGACUAAAAAGAGAUUAAAACACAGAUUCUGGACUGAAGUGUAUCAGGGUGCCAAGUUGUUCUAUCUCUCUGGGAUGGUCCAUGGAGAAUAUCAAAAACAGGAAAUCCACAACCUGGGGCUCUUUAUUUCCGUUAUGAAAUUCCGUCCUCUUACGUGGCAGACAUCUCAUCCAUAUGUUCUAGCAGACAGGAUGGAAGACUUGACAAACCCAGAAGAUAUCAGAGUUAAUCCAAAGUGUGACAGGAAAGUUUCACUUUAUGGUUACUUAAGAGGAGCACACUUGAAAAACAAAAGCCAAAUACACAUGCCAGGUGUAGGAGAUUUCACUGUGAGUGAUGUCAGCUUCCUGCCAGACCCUUGUGCCCUUCCUGAGCACCAAAAGAAACGCUCCUUAAAUGAGAAGGAGAAGCUGAUUUAUGCCCCACUGUCUGGUGUGGGGGGUUUAGUAUAUGACAAAGAUGCAGUUUAUAUUGACCUCGGGGGAAGUCAUUCACAUCAAGCUGAACAGGAGUAUGUGAGACCAAAUCAUGAAUUAGUCCAAAGCCUCAUCUCCACACACUCAACCCUUGAUGCCAAGCUGGCAUCAAGCAAAGUCUCUCUCUUCAUGGAUUCCAAACCCCUAGGGACUGAGGACAUUGAAGACCAAGGCAUUUUUGCACUGCCUAAAGAAGAGAAGAAAAUGGACCCCUACACUGGGAGAGUACGUCGGAAAGCACUGUUCGAAGAUGAAGAAAAUGAAGAUGGAGGAAGUGAUGAGGAAGAUGAAGAAAUGUCUGUGGAUGACAACGGAGAUGAGAGUGAUGGUGACAACGAGGAAGGAGAACAAAGUGAUAAAGGUUUUCCAGAUCAGGAGCUGGUUUUGAGAUCAUCCAAGCAACUGAGAAAAGACGACAAAGAAGCAACACUCACGGAACUGCCAGCAUUUGCUGACAGCGAUGACAAUCUUGAGAUGAGUUCAGAUGAGGAAGAAGGAACCGGUCUUGGUGGGACCAGAGAAGAGGCAGAUGGAGAUGGACAAGGAAGCGACGAGGAGGGGGUUAAUGAUUCUAGAUCUACAACUAGAAAUACUGAUUUAUUUAAUAGACCUUUGCACUGUGAAACAGACAAAAAUGACCAGGAGUUCAGAAAUACUAGAAACCUGGGUAUAAAGGUGACCCCUACAGAUUCUGGAAACGAGACAGCUGAAGAAGCACCGGCAUCUGACUUAGAAGAAUCCUCCUUGGAGGAGGAAGGAGGAUCAACGGAUGAUUCUGAUAGUGAAGGAUCUGAUGGGGAAGCUUCCCAACCACAGAGGGCUGGAGUUAAAACACAUAAAUCGAAGUUGGUAAAAAAUGAGGAUGAUGUUGAAGAACUUUUGAAAGAGGAGGAAGAAUUUAAAGAAGCUUCUGACUUUUCUGCAGACACAGCUGGAGCACUUAAAUGGAAAGAAGGCCUUCCUCAAAAAGCAGCUGAAGCCUUUCUGAGGCAACAACAAAUGGCUCCUAAUCUCCGCAAACUUGUUUAUGGGACAGUGGCAGAGGAUGAUGAAAAUGAAGAAAAUGAAGAACUUGGAGGGUUGUUCCAUGUCAGCCGUCCCAACAAAGAAUCCAAACGAAAAGCCGAUGCUCUUGACUGCUCCAGAUUCCCUGUGGAAGUCCCACAAGAUUGGGACUUAGAUGAGGUUAUGGACAGUAUCAGAGACUGUUUUGUGACCGGAAAUUGGGAAGCUGAUAAAGAUGCAGCAAAACUGUUGAAGGACGAUGAAGAAAUCUAUGGCGAUUUUGAAGACCUUGAGACAGGAACUGUACACAAAGGCAAACCAGCUGAGCAAGAUGAUGAGGCAGCAAGUGAAGAAGAUGAUGAGGGAAAAAAUGUCAAAGCUGGUGAGGAAGCUGAAGAAAAGAAGAAGCGCUUGGAUAAGAAACGUAAACUGAAAGAAAUGUUUGAUGCUGAAUACGAUGAUGGCGAUGCCACCUACUUUGAUGACUUAAAAGAGGAGAUGCAGAAACAGGCUCAGCUUAACAGGGCUGAAUUUGAAGAUCAAGACGACGAAGCCAGAGUUCAGUAUGAGGGCUUCCGGCCUGGAAUGUAUAUCCGGAUAGAACUUGAGAAUGUCCCUUGCGAAUUGGUGUUGCAUUUUGAUCCACACUAUCCAAUUAUCCUGGGUGGCUUAGGAAACACGGAAGGAAAUGUGGGAUAUGUGCAGAUGCGCCUGAAGAAACAUCGCUGGUAUAAGAAAAUCCUUAAGACUCGGGAUCCUCUGAUAUUUUCUUUAGGCUGGAGGCGGUUUCAGACCAUGCCUAUGUACUACAUUGAAGACCAUAAUGGCCGUCACAGGCUACUUAAGUACACACCGCAACAUAUGCAUUGUGGGGCAACAUUUUGGGGUCCAAUCACGCCACAAGGGACAGGAUGUUUGGCAAUCCAGACAGUGAGGGGCACAACACCUGAUUUUCGAAUCGCUGCAACUGGAGUUGUUCUUGACUUAGAUAAGUCUAUAAGGGUUGUGAAGAAAUUAAAGCUGACUGGUCUCCCAUUCAAAAUUUACAAGAAUACAGCAUUUAUCAAGGGGAUGUUUAACUCUGUCCUAGAAGUGGCUAAAUUUGAAGGUGCAGCCAUUCGUACUGUGAGUGGUAUCCGAGGGCAGAUUAAAAAGGCCCUGCGGACCCCAGAAGGUGCUUUCAGAGCAACAUUUGAAGAUAAGUUGCUGAUGAGUGAUAUUGUCUUCAUGCGGACUUGGUAUCCUGUAUCUACCCCAGCUUUCUAUAAUCCAGUGACAUCUUUGCUCAAGCCUGUGGGUGAAAAAGACUCCUGGGCAGGAAUGAGAACAACAGGCCAGUUAAGGCACGAGAAGGGCAUCAGGCUGAAACAAAACAAGGACUCACUGUAUAAGCUCAUUGUGCGGGAGAAGAAACAUUUCAAUAAACUGCACAUUCCAAAAGCAUUGCAGAAGGCCUUGCCGUUUAAGAACAAGCCUAAGAUUCAAGAAAGAAAAGCAAAAGUCACAAAGGACAAGUGGAGACCAGCUGUUAUCAGGGAGCCUCACGAAAAGAAGAUUGCAGCACUUCUCUCUGCUUUGGGGACGGUGCACAGCUACAAGCUGAAGAAAGCCAAGGUGAAACACCGGCAGCAGCUUAAAGAACAUCUUAAAGGGAAACAGAAAGAAGAGGAAGAAAAGCUUAAGAGGCAAAAGGAAGCAAAGAAGAAACUCUUUCGCAUUAUUGGACAAAGGGAGAAGAAGAGGCAAAAGUCAAGCCUGAAGGGAUCUGCUGAAAGAGAGAAGUGAGUUUCUAGCAGGUGUCUGCCGGAAGCAAAAAAAGCAUUUAACUCUUGAGAGCCUAAUGAAGAGCGCGACCCAAAUCCUUUAUACUUUAUAAUGAAGAAAGAGACUUAAAUAUUGUAAUAAAGUUCUAGACUCCAGAGAGCUUGCCUCAGAGGCAAUGAUGGAGAGAAGCCGAUAUAACAUUUUGAAAACAGACAUCAGGUGUAAAUUAUGACUUGUUGACCCGCAAUAUGUGUAAGGAACACAAGUGCAGGCAUUGUGCCCUGCACAGUAUCUGAUCAUUAUUAAAGUGUUUUAUGGAUGAA